GAUCCGGCCCAAUCUCCAUGCCCGUGAAUUUCCCCGGCCCGGCCCGGAACCGAAGACGCAUCUGCCUACCUCCCUCCAUACGAAUGCCUGAACCUGAAGCGGCGCAUGGACACCAUAAUGAAUUGAAAUGCAGAAGAAAAUUUGAGAGCAGCGAAGCGAGUUCGUGGAUCGGUGAUAAACGAGAAGGGAUCAUCAAUGGUCGCCUCGUGAUCUCGUGAUCAUCCAGGAAUUUGAGCGGAUUCCAAAACAAUUUCCAAUGGCUCGCCCGCCUGAAGAUCCUGAAACCCUAGAAUCUGGUGUUCUCUUCGACUGGUACGUCAACCAUUCCCUCUCCUCGCCCUUCUACGUAGCCGGGGACUCUCACGUCGUUUUCGCACCCCCCUCGCCGGCCUUCGAUUCCGGGUUGGAAUCCGACGGUUCCGACUCGGCUCGCGAUUCUGAAGAUAUUGUGGAAGUCGGAGCUGUUGGUGGCGCGGAAUCGGGGCUGGAGAUCGAUUCGGAUCGGCUCGAAUCGGUUUCCGAGUCCAUCCAAUACGCCGCAGCGGAUGAGGUGGAUCCGCAAUGCGCUGGAUUGCGAGUGGUGAGCAUCGAUUCAGAUUCAGAUUCGGUUUCGGAGUAUCAGGAAUCCGAGAACUUUGACUCGUUCGACUUGGAAUCUCAGAGGAACCUGGCUGAGGAGCUCGAGUGGGAGGAGGUGAGCGAGCAAGCGCACGAUAGGGACGAAGAUGUGACGGUCUCGUCGGAAAAUUUUACCGAGGAAUUUGGAGGAGCAGAAGAAGAUGAUAAUGACUCCGUCGCGCGUCAUCUGGAGUGGGAGUUUCUCCUCGCGGUGAACAAUAUGCAAAGGAACUUAAUUUGGGACUCUGAUCCUCAUUCAGCUGCUCCUGAUGAUUUCUUUUACGCCGCUGAGUUUGACAUUUUGCUUGACCAGUUCGUAGAAAACGAAAUCGCAAUUAGGGGAAGUCCACCGGCUGCGAAAGCAGCUGUCGAUGAUUUGCCUCUGAUUAUUCUGAGUGAAUCGGAUGUACAGUCGAGUGGUGGAGUUUGUGCGGUUUGUAAGGAUGAGGUUUCGGUAGGGGAUGGAGUGAGGAAGUUGCCUUGUUCUCAUUACUAUCACGGAGAUUGUAUCUUGCCGUGGUUGGCCAUUCGAAACUCGUGUCCCAUUUGUCGAUACGAGUUGCCCACGGAUGAUUUGGAGUAUGAACGAAGUAAAAGCCGGAGCAACGGAGGAAGGGUCAUGUGGGAUUCGCAGGUCAGUGAGGAGUUCGAACUGUUUGCAUGAGAUUGUCUGUGGCGCAAUGUAGAUAGUGUUCCUUUGGCUUACAAAGUGUAAGAUGGUUGAAUUGCUGGUGAUGAUGGAUAUGUUUGGCCGUGUUGUUUUUUUACAUACAAUGAUUUAUACAGGAAAUGUACAUAUGCCACAUUGGGGGUGUCACCUUGGCAUGGCAAAACAAUUAGUAUAAUGUUAGUUAGUCUUAUUGUAUAGUUGGUGAAAGAUUCGUUAGAUUCGCUCUCUUCAAGAAUCAGUUGCUUAAUGCUAUAAGUUAUUGUAAUUUUUGACUUGCUACUCUCUAUGAGAAGGAUUUGAUAAA